CAGGGUCAAAGGUUAUUGCCACACAUCAUAAAAACGCGCAAACAAAGAACCAUGGGCCGAAUUGUUCAGCUGCCCACAAAGCUGGAGUCACAAAAGAUUGGCUGAUAUCAUGCAUGUUUGAGCUGCCAAGUUUUUGUUUUGUUGAAAAACACAAAACAGCCGCGGAAAAACGUACCAGACACGCCUGGAAGAAAUGCUUGACGUCUGACUGCAAAUGUCACUUUGGUUUGAGUUGACUUUUGGCACCGCCAAGGCCGGCCGGCUCUCGGAAUGCCUUCACACUUGCUGAGCCAGCGUCACAGAAACAUGACAUUUGGUAGGCACAUCUGUCAUGAGUACAGUGCCCUGGGAAAAGAAAAAGGAAAAAAACACCUCUACUCAAGAAGCCAUUCCGCCCCCCCAAAACAUGUUUUGAAACAGUAACGACUUCAAAUUCAACUUUGGACCUUCCGCAGUGCCUUUGUUUAUCUUAAGUGAAUGAAUGGAUGGAUGUCUCCUUCAAAGUGCUGACGGUGCAGUCUUGUCAGCCCGUGCCAAAGUGAAUGAUCAUACUUUGUCCUUCAGGAAGCAAUCUCCUGGACUUGAUAUUCACUUUCACUUGCUUGUUUAGCAACUCUUUUUCCCCCUUGCAUGUUUCCUGACACCACUUAAAGGACUUAACUUUGUCAUUUGCCCAGAAUAAAAGGCAACCAUACCAUUUUUAUUUUGAAAAUGUCUUCACCAAUAUUAGUUGAAUCUUUUUGUACCUUUAUUGUAGUUAGUUUUUUUAUUAUUACUGUUGACUUGAGAAUGUAAUAUUUGUGUAUUUUUCAUCCCAUAGCUUUGAUGCAGUGGAAGUACAAAAACGUGGCAUUUCUCACGCUCUAACGGUUUUUUGGUGUGUGUGUUUUUUUUUUUGUUGUUUUUUGUUACUUGUAGUGGUACAUUCCACUUUAGUUUCCAGGCGAAACGUUUUCCGUCCGAGUGGUACAGCCCACUUCUCCCGCGGAGGGUCGGAGGGAGACAGGCAAGCAAGCAAGUCAGGCAGGCGAGCGGGCUAGCGGGCUGAUUUUCAUCCCCAUUUAGGACGCGCGAUGUCGAGCACACUCCGGCGCAGUCCAGCCCACGGAGCCAUGGAGCCGCUCUACCGACUUUUAGCAACGCUCCUCGUCGUAUACGGACCCGCCGGCGUCGGCGGCGACCUGGUGCUGGCCCCCGAGAAAGUGGACGCCGUGCUGGGCAAGAGGAUCACGCUGGGCUGCCACAUCAAGUUGGUGCCCAACAUCACGCUCAUCCAGAGCUCGUGGGAGCGCCAGAUCGCUUCGGGCAGGGAGGUCCUGGCCGUGUACCACGUGGACCACGGCACGUACGUCCACCCCGAGUUUGCCGCCCGCGUGGCCUUUGUUUCCACCACCAACCGAGCGGUCAACAUCUCCCUGAGCGGCGUGACUCUGGAAGAUGGGGGCGCGUACACCUGCAAGGUGUCCACUUUCCCGCUGGGGAACGGCCAGGCGACCACCCAGCUCAACGUCUUAGUGGAGCCCAAGGCGUACGUGUCGGCCGGGCCCGACACCCUGCUGGAAGGCGAGGCCGAGUCGCUGGUGGCCACCUGCGUGGCCGAGCGCGGCCUUCCCGCCGCCGAGGUCUCCUGGGAGACGGAGCUGAGCGGGCGCGUGGAGACGCGCCGGCGCGACGAGGCCGACGGCACGGCCAGCGUGCACCUGCGCUACUUGUGGACGCCCGGGAGCGCCGCCCAGGGCAAGAACCUCACCUGCGUGGUGCGCCACCCCACACUGGAGACGGACUUUCGCAUCGUCUACGUGCUCAAUGUUCACUUUGCGCCGACGGUCCGCAUGGAGGGCGACGAGCAAAACUGGUACGCCGGACAAGCCAACGUCACGUUGAGCUGCAACGCUCGGGCCAACCCGCCCGUCCGGGAGUAUCGCUGGGCCAGGUUGGACGGCCCCAUGCCGGAGCGCGUCGCCGUCACGUCCAACAGGCUGGCCUUCACACGGCCGCUGACGCUGAACGACUCGGGCGUGUACCGCUGCCAAGCCACCAAUGACAUCGGCGCGGGCAGCCGGGACGUGUCCCUCUGGGUCCAAGAACCCCCUUCCACCACAGCGGCGACCGCCACCACCAGCCCACCCGGCGGCGGCGCCGCGGCCGGCACGGCGCGCUCCCCGUUGACCUCGCCCACGCUGGCCCCCGUGCAGGACAACGAGACGCUGGGCCUGGUGGCGGGCGGCGUGGCGGGCGGCGCGCUGGUCCUGAUCCUGGCUGUGCUGGCCGUCUGCUUCUCGUUGCUGCGCAAGCGGCGCACCUUCCGGGGCGACUACUACACCAAGCAGUACCUGGGCCCGUCGGACGUGCAGAAGGAGACGCAGGUGGACGUCCUGCAGCCGCACGAGCUCCACGAGGUUUACGGAGACAAAGGCAGCCAGGAGUUCAAGUCCAAACUGUGCGGCGACGUCAUCUGCGACGGCUGGGCCGAGCCGGACCGCGCCUACCGCCCCGACGGCUACCAGCAGACGCAGCACCCGCACGGGCUCAGCAACGGCUCGCCGUACCUCCCGGGCGGCGACGGCGACUACGUGGCGCACCAGGACGGAUCGGUCAUCUCGCGGCGGGAGUGGUACGUCUGAGCUCAAGCCCUUCGCCUUGACGCAUUGACCUCUUGGAAGCUCUCGCCGUUGAGUGACAAAAGGCGCGAGGCUUUCCGACACACUACUGAGAUGCCGACUGGCUGGCUGGCUGGCUGGCUGGCUGGCUGGCUGGCGCAGAUGUCAAAGACACACGCACACACACCUGCUGGAGCGCCUCCGUUUACCAAAGCUUGCUUCACAUUUUCCUCUCGCAAAGGCCAAAGCAAAUGUGAUGGAUGUAACCUGCAAGCAAGCGAGCUGAGUGACAAACUUUGCGUGUCCAGGAAACGCUCGGAAAAAGCUCCACCAGAAAUAUCGGGCCAAUCUGUGCUCCCAGUGACAUCAGGAUGCCCCCCCCCCCCCCCUCACCAGGAAAAUCGGAAAAAAAAUAGUUUGGCUGGAGGAGGAGGACGUCUUUGCGGAGACAUUGUUAGCCGCUGACAUCAGCUGAGAAAAAGUGCAAGAAAGUGGAGAGGGGAAGACGCGUUCCCCAGAAAGAGGAGGAGACUCCGGGCCUGUGUCGCAACGGCGCUUCGGCAAAGCGCUGACAUCAUCGCUAACUUGCACUUUUUUCCUCUCUGCCCUCCAAGAGGAAGCGUGGAAGCCUGGCGGGCGAGAGCCUCGCCGUCCGCUUUGGCCAAAGCAAAUCCAGCCGUGCCUUGCCGGACAGAGUCCAGAUGCCUUGGGAUGAUUGAUGGCUUCUUUCCAAAAAGAAAAGACGUGUCACACAUGUCACCUUCAAAAAGGGGCUAGCUAACAAGUCGCAUGGAAGUUUGAAGCAAAAGCUCCAAAAUGUGAUCUCCACAAUUAUUUGGGGGGGGGGGGGAUGCGUUGCCAUGUGUCUCCACCUCUUUGGGGUUUUUGUGCUGCCGCUUGUGGGCGCAUCCCGUCCCCGCCCUCGCUGAGAAUAAACCUCUUUAAUGUCUCUGGCGAAGCCUGCAGGGGGGCGCGGUGGGGCGCAAGUCCAAUCUCCCUGGCGAAAUUGCGCCUUCUCGACACAUCUGCUGCAAAACAAAUCCACCUUUUGCGUUUAGGAGGCACUCUGGAAAGAAAGAAGUUGGCCUUUUGAAAAAGACUUUUUGUUGUGCACACCAAAAAGUCUUUUUGCAAGUACUCAUCAAGGGUCUUAUUCAACAAAAAGGUCCAAAGUACUGUUUCAGUUGAUCACAAACGUGUUUUUCUUCCCCAUGUUGUCAGAUCCUUUUUUUUUUUUUUUCCCCCCAUGAUGAAUGCAAAACUUUUCAGGAAGGAACGUUUGUAUGUGGAGCACUUUGCUUGCGUGCACGCGUGAGGGAGGGAUGUAUGUGCAACGUCUUCAAGCGUCUUCUUCACCUCAUCAACCAUUUUGUCGGUUAGCGUUAGCUUCGGCCGUUUGGGUGCCUUACUUUGUCUCUGAGAUUUCAAGACGCGACAAAAACUCGUUUGUCUUGCGCCUUUUCAAUCGGACGCGUCGAACUCGUUACGUUAGCGAGCCAAAAUUGGGAAAUAUUGUCUUGUACAUAGAGUGUCAUUUUUUGAAUUGUUGAAAAAUGUUUCUUUUUUUUCCACGUGUAAUAUUGACGCGUUUUGUAGCGACUUCUGGCGCUGUCCCGGGAAGCGCCGAUGAAUGAAUGAACAAGGUUUUGUUUUUGUUUGCAAUAAAAGUUUGUGACUUUA